UCCGCGAGUGCAGUUUUCCCGCCGGAGCCAGGCUCAGCGGCAGCCUUCCCUAUUGCGCAGGCGCAGUGCCAGUUACCGACCAUGGAAGUGGUGGGUCUUUUGUGUUUGGCGGCGGCGGUCUUAGCUUGGGGCUUCCUAUGGGUUUGGGACUCCUCGGAACGAAUGAAGAGUCAGGAGCAGGCUGGCCUGCUGGGAGGCGGAAGCCGGAGCCUCCUGGUGAUCGCGCACCCAGACGAUGAAGCCAUGUUCUUUGCUCCCACCGUGCUAGGCUUGGCCCGCCUGAGACACCAGGUGUCCCUUCUCUGCUUCUCUGCAGGAAAUUACUACAAUCAAGGGGAGAUUCGUAAGAAAGAACUUUUGCAGAGCUGUGAUGUUUUGGGGAUUCCACCCUCCAGUGUAAGGAUUAUUGACAACAGGGAUUUCCCAGAUGACCCAGGUGUGCAGUGGGACACACAGCGUGUGGCCAGCGUCCUCCUCUGGCACAUAGAAGAGAAUGGCAUCAACCUGGUGGUGACUUUUGACGCAGGGGGAGUGAGUGGUCACAGCAAUCAUGUCGCUCUGUAUGCGGCCGUGAGGACCCUGCACUCAGAAGGGAGGUUACCUAAAGGGUGCUCUGUGCUCACGCUUCAGUCUGUGAAUGUGCUGCGCAAGUAUAUCUCCCUUCUGGACCUGCCCUUUUCUCUGCUUCAUACCCGGGAUAUCCUCUUCGUGCUCACUAGCAAGGAAGUGGCACAGGCCAAGAGAGCCAUGUCCUGCCACCGCAGCCAGCUCCUGUGGUUCCGCCGACUCUAUGUGCUCUUCUCCCGCUACAUGAGGAUCAACUCACUGCACUUCCUCUGAAGCCCUGAAGAGUCUUCGAACCCAGGGAACAGAGGGAGAAAGAAGACGGGGCAGCUGGGGGCCUGGUCUGCAGCUGGCUCUCUCCCCGAGCCAGAGGAGAGCCCAGCUAGGGUGGCCUUCCAGAGCUCUGCUCAUCUGCCCUAGUCAGCCUCUAAUAAAAGGGAGGCCAUGCAGGCCCAUGGGCUGUCCAAACGUCAGCUUCUUCCUCUGGGAAAAAACCCACAACAACCAAAAACAAACAAACCCGAGGAUAAUAAUAGCUAGCCUGCUAGCUUCUCAAGUUCUUGUGAAAAAUGAUUUACAUAACGACACAAUGGAUGUCAAACACAGAGCCUGCUGUUAUUCCAAGUGAAAGUAGAAGUGCUCUGACAUCACUUCACAGAUGCCACAAUGCAGGAUGUUUACACUGUUUCCAAAGCAGGCUCACUAACACAGACACACACACAAGAACAGUCUGUAUUGAAUGCGUCCAACCGUGAUCCUUUGAUUUAUCUUUGUGGCCUGUGUAGACAAUUUGAACCCAGGGACAACUUGCUUUAUUUAAUGUCACAGGCAUUGACUGGAGCUCCCAAGGUCCCGACACUGUGCCCAGCAUUUCCCUCAGAGACUAUUAUGCUGUGGGCCUCCCCGAAGGAGCUUACAACCAAAUAUCUCAGCUCUCAGGCUUUUGGGAGAAGCAGGAGGUAGGAAAAGAAAUCUGGAACUUUCUUUCUCAACACUCAAGAACCUAAUGUCUUAAAAUUGUGCUACAAAUAAAAGUGUUCUGAGAGGUCUGGCUUGGAAGCUACUCCCAGAGUCCAGCUAAUGGUCCAGGGAAGUGGACCAAGGCAGGAAAUCUCAGUGGUGAAGAGCACAGGCCCUGCAGACUGAUGACCCUGGGUGUGAGGCCAGAAUUACCUACAACGUAACCACAGGCUAGGUGUUUAUCUUUCUCUGCCUCACUUCUUUCAUCUGCAAUAUGAGGGGACAAUAAUGGUACCACCUUUGGAGGAGAUGAUGCAAGGAGCACAGGAAAGGGUCUGGCUCACAGUAAGUGCUGAAGAAAGGUGAUGUUAUGGGAGCUAAAGAAUAAGAGGGUGCUGAGCAGAAAGAAGGACCAGCAUUAAGUCAAAGUCCUGACACUGAGAAGAUCUUGUGAGCAUUGUCCAGUAAGUAUUCUCUCUGCCUGUCCUGAAUUGCUAUCUCCAUAGCAACAGGUAACAGACCUGCUUCUUGGGUCUCUCCACCCAAACUUGCUCCACUUUGCUGAGGGUCACCAUUAUCUUGAAUGCCUCCUAGGGACCACAUGAGACUGACAGAGCUAUUAGGCCCUGAAGCUGUAAUGGGAAAUGCAAAUUUGGUUAUACUAUCUGUCUACUUAAAAUUUGUCAGUAGCUCCUAAUAGCCUUCAUAUGAAAGUGUGACAAGAAAUAAGCCACCAACACUCUGGUUGGAGUGUGGUGGGAUAGGCUGACCCUGUCCUGCUGCUAGGAAGACAGACACUGACCCAGCUUUUCUGGACAGCAAUGCUUAAUACAUAUUAAGAGCUUAAAAUACAUAUACUAUGUGACCUAAGGAAAUUUUUAAAAAAUCAAAAUUAUAUACACAGAUAUCAUCACAACAUUAUUUAUAAUAGCAAAAUUAGAAAAAUCCAGUGAUACAAUAUUUAGUAAUGAGGAAAAAUGUUCAUGAUAUAUUAAAUUUUAAAAAGCAGGUUAGGAAUGGUACAAUCUCAUUUUAUUAAACAUACAUACACAUAAAUUAUGUAUGUCUGCAUGUGUAUAAAUACACACAAAAGAAUAUAAAUCAAAGGAUAUAUAUCCAAAAAGUAAAUACUAAUUAGUGAGGUCAUCUUUCUACAGUGAACAUUUAUAAUUUUAAAGGACUUUUUGUUGUUUAUGAAUAGUUUUGAUGUGAUAUAAUACUUUCAAUACAAUGUGAAGUUAAAAAAAUUGUGUAUAGCCAGUAUAAUCUCAAUUAUGUAAAGAAAUGAUUCAUUAAAGAAAAGCUUGCUAUUUAUACACUGCUGGCAGACAAGUAAUGGUACAACCUCUGGAGGGCAACUUGGCAGUUUCUAGUAAAGUCACAUACCCUCUGAUCCAGCAUGUCCACUUCCAGUAACUCACAUAUAGAUUUACUCCACGUGCCAAAAGAGGUGUGUAAGGGAUAGACCUUGAAACACUUUAUAUUAGUAAAAUACUGAACCAGUCCAAAUUUCUAUCCAUUAAGGAUUGGUUAAAUAAAUUGUGGGUACACCAGUAAAAUAUAAUGCCAUGAAACUCUCAAAAAUAAUAAGGCAAUACACUGACUUGGAAAGGUCUCCAAGGUAUAUUGUUAAGUGAAAAAAAGCCAGAUGUAAAACAGUGUUAGAGAAUGCAACCAUUUGUGAUGGGAAAACCAUAUACGUCCACACAUCCAAAUGUGUGUAAACAAAUAGGGUAUCUCUGCUGACAGUGCUUGUCUCUGAAAAAGGAAAUUGGGUGGGAGGAGGGGAAUGGAUACCUUUUGUCCCUUUUGAAUUUUAUACCAUGUGUAUAUACUACCUAUUCAAAAUAUUUUUAAAUCUUAGAGGUGAGAAAGAUGUGUAUAAUUACCAAUAUAGUAGCUUCAGGGUGGUGGGAUUUGAGACUUAUUUUCUGCUUCCUUUGUUUUCCUGUACAUGCCACCUAUUUUUUAAAAAUAAAUUAAAUAAAAGUCCAAGAGGAAAGUUCAAAAUAAACA